AUGUCCUCGAACGAAUUCCAAGACCAGCCCACUCAAUUGAUUGAGGAUGAGCACACAGAAGAGCCCUUGAAUCAUGUGGUUCCGGACACAAAAUCAGGUGUUGGUAAUGCAGGGGAGAGGACCGUAAUGGCGAAGGCAAAAUACAGCAAGGGCGAUAUGGUGCACAUGGCUACGAUUGCAAAUGGCCAGCGCGUUAAGGGGGUUUUUACUAUCCAAGCUGCAAUAUACAACCCGAAAGGCUGGGUUGAAUACCAGCUGAAAGACAGUCUCACAGACCAGCUGCACCGGCAUGGCGCUGGCGUUCGCGAGAGAGACUUGAAGCCGGGUGCUUAG